CUUAUAGUCUAUAUACUAUAUAUGUUAUUAGUAGCGUGAAAUCUAAAAUCUAGGUUCUAGUCUAGAUCUGGAUUUCUAUUUGUCAAAGUUUUGUUUUUAUUGUAGAUCAAGUUCUUAUAAUUAAUUUUAGACUAGGACUAGAUCUAUUUGUAUUAUUUUAUUUCACAAAUCAAUUAUGGAUCUUAAAAGAAAAGCAAUGGAAAGUUCAUUAGUGCCGUUUAAAAAGCCACGACAAGAAUUGGUUACUUACGGAGCACAGCAAAUUGUUCAGUCGGGUCCACCUCGAACUUCAAACCUCUUAGCUCCCAUCAUGUUGUUGACUGGUCAUGAAGGAGACAUCUUUUGUUGUAAAUUUUCUCCUGAUGGACAGUUGUUGGCAUCUGCAGGCUUUGACAGACUUAUCUAUUUUUGGACUGUGUAUGGAGAAUGUGAAAAUUUUGCAAUGCUAAAGGGACACACUGGAGCAAUUAUGGAUGUCCACUUCUCUACAGAUGGCAGCAUGCUUUUCUCAGCAUCCACUGAUAAAACUGUUGGUGUUUGGGAUAUUGAGACAGGGGAACGAAUGAGAAAAUUAAAAGGCCAUCAGACAUUUGUCAACACACUGCACCCAGCACGAAGAGGUCCACAACUGCUCUGUACUGGAAGUGAUGAUGGAACUGUUAAGACCUGGGAUGCUCGUAAGAAAGGAACUAUCAACACAUUUCAAUGCACAUAUCAAGUCACAGCAGUAACUUUUAAUGAUACAGCAGAACAGAUUAUCUCUGGUGGUAUAGAUAAUGAACUGAAGGUUUGGGAUCUAAGAAAGAAUGCUAUUCUGUACAAAAUGAGAGGUCACUCUGACACAGUGACUGGUGUUGAACUCAGCCCUGAAGGCUCAUAUCUACUUAGUAACUCAAUGGACAACACAUUGCGUAUUUGGGAUGUAAGGCCAUAUGCACCACAGGAAAGAUGUGUGAAAAUAAUGUCUGGACAUCAGCACACAUUUGAAAAGAAUUUACUUCGAUGUGCUUGGUCACCUGAUGGUAGUCGUGUGGCUGCUGGUUCGGGAGAUAGGUUUGUUUAUGUUUGGGACACCACUUCACGCAGAGUAGUUUACAAGUUGCCUGGGCAUGCUGGAUCUGUCAAUGAAGUGGACUUUCACCCUACAGAACCAAUCAUUUCAUCUUGUUCCAGUGAUAAGAAGAUUUACCUUGGCGAGUUAGAAUAAGUUGGAACUGUUAGAUUUUGUUGAUGUCAUACCAUUUUUUUUGUAAAUAGAUUAAAUCACACACAACAUGCACAA